UUUACGCAGUCACAAAACAUACUAUACUCCUUUUGAUUUUUUAAUAAUAUUCACUUACAAUAACACUUUGUAAGCCGCUAUAAAAUAAGUUUCAGUAGGUUUUGAAAUUUUGUUUCUUUUCGAUCAGUUAAAUAAAAUCGUUUUGAGAUUUUGAUGAUAAGUUUCUGUUCUAACUAAAAUAUCGAAUUAUUUCAUAAUAAUGGAACCACCUAAAGACAAAUGGAAUAUUGUGCUACUCAUAUUUAUUAUACAUGGCAUUGGAACAUUGAUGCCAUGGAAUAUGUUUAUAACGGCAAAGAGUUAUUUCGUUGAUUUGAAAUUAAGCGGAAAUUCAAAUUCAACAAGUGCUUCAAAUUAUGCAGCGAAUUUCUUACAAUAUCAUGGAUUUGCGUCUCAAAUUCCCAAUGUGGUAUUUAAUUGGCUCAAUGUGUUUUUAAAUUUGGGUGGAAAUUUAACGACACGAAUGGCGAUUAGUAUAUUAGUGGAGCUGUGUAUAUUUGUGGUUACAGUUAUUAUGGCCAUGAUUGACUCUUCGAAUUGGCCCGGAGCCUUUUUUUGGAUAACAAUGAUCACAGUAGUCGUCUUAAAUAUGGCUAGCGCUGUUUACCAAAAUACUAUAUUUGGGAUGGUCGCUACAUUUCCCUUUAGAUAUACUGGCGCGGUUAUAUUGGGAUGCAACAUUUGCGGCCUCUUUGUAUCUUUAAUAAGUAUUGGGAGUAAUUAUAUAUUUUCUACAAUUAGAAUUGCUGCCAUUUAUUACUUCAUAACGGCGAUGUUGCUUUUGUUAUUUUGUUUUGAUACAUUCUUCGCAAUACCGCUAAACAAAUUUUUCAUAUAUAAUCAACUUUCUCGAAAAACUGAAGGCAGUGAAAAUGUGAAAACUUCGGAAAUACCUUAUUGGACUAUCUUUAAGACAGCAUCUAUGCAGCUGUUUAAUGUAUUCAUAAUAUUCUUUGUAACCCUAGCGGUUUUUCCUGCCGUAAACUCUGACAUCAAGGCAUCUUCAUCAGAUUUUUUCAUAAAGGAUCCUAUUAUGUAUAUACAAAUUACCUGCUUUUUAACAUUCAAUUUAUUUGCGAUGCUUGGAAGUUUGACUUCAUAUUGGAUUCAAUGGCCUGGGCCGAAAUAUUUGGUCAUACCAGUUACCUUGCGAUUGGUUUUUAUACCGUUAUUCCUGUUUUGCAAUUAUUUACCACUAAACGUCGAGAGAAAACUGCCAGUUAUUAUAAACAAUGAUUGGAUUUACUGGAUUAUUGGUGUUUUAAUGGCAUACACUUCCGGAUAUUACAGUGCUCUGGCGAUGAUGUAUGCACCACAGACAGUUGAACAAAACAACCAGGUCAAAGCUGGAAUGUUCGCCGGUGCGAUGCUCAUAAGUGGGAUUUUUUGUGGAAUUUUGUUUUCAUUCAUAACUCCCUACUUAGUCUAAUAUGAAAUAAAUUGAGAUCUACAUCAUGUAUUAACUUUUUACGGAAAUUAAAAAUUUACAGUUACGAACCUAGAUUUCCGGCCUAUACUAAUAUAUGUACUUAUAUAUAUACUAAUUGUCCAUAGCAAAGAUAAAAUCUAAAAAAUAAAGUAUGUGGUUUUAUUUUAAAUCUGUUAAAUUUAUUUUAAUUAAAUGCAAAAUUACGAGAUACCAUAGUUAUUAAAAAAAUUCGUAUUGCAACCCUGUUUCACGUGAGUAGUCAUUAUAGAUUAAAAAGCAAAGUGUGGCAUAGCGCCUACUCGCUCUGCUGGCGAGAGAAUAAAAAUGUACGAAAUACCUCUCACGUGCUUCACCACUUGCACGCUCUUUAUUACACUUAGCAUGUGAAUGUGUACGCAAUACCCCUCUUAUCCUCACUAUUUCUAUCAAGAAUAUAAACUACUUUCCAUGUAAUAAGCUCAAAUUCAAGCAAGUAUUUGAAUGAUUACUUUUUUAUAGUUUUCCUUUGUUAGUUUGGCUUUCGGUGCUUACGUUUUAUAGGUAUAUUGUUCAAAAGCUGAAUAUACUAUGGUCACGCGCAGUUUGAAGGGAAAAUUUUUAGUGUUACACACACACUACUGUAUCUCGUUAAAUGCGCGUGUGACAUUUUCUCCUUUUCAGCGCACCCUUGCCCCAACCUUCUGAAUGAUUUGGUCAUAUGACCGCUAGUUUAAUCAUGCAUAUGCAACAACUAUAAUCUUAUACCCGUGCUAUAACAUUUGUGUGAGUAGUUUGGCUAUAUAUUAACUGUUCCCAGCGAAAGUGACAACUGGUAUAUAAUUGAAAAACCAGCAAGCACUACGAGUUGAACAACUCAACAGCGGAGUUUAGCGUUCAGUGAAGAAAUUGAAAUCACUCACAGUGUUGUCAGCGACCGAACCGACCAGUGCUUGUUCGAACUCCUACGCUCUAGCAGCAAGUUACCAGUCAAGACCCAAGAAAGGCCUAAAGCUAACCACAAGUUAGUCAA